AUGUCAUCCCAACCAAGCUCCUCCAAGCCUGAGGGAGUUUCCAAGUGUCGAUACACCACGUCGGCCCUUUCCAAGGGUACCGCAACCUUGCAAGAGGGGAUCACUCGAGGAACAAUGGCGGACGACGAAAACAACAAGACGCAGGCUGAAGAAGAUCGCCUUCUGAUGCCACCUCCCCCUCGGCCCGCCGCUCGUCAAACCCGAUCCUCUCCCCAGAAAGGGUCUCCCCAGAAAGGGUCUCCUCGAAAGACUACCGAAUUUACCAUGACACUUCGAUCUCAAAAGAAGAAGAACAAGAACAAGGACAAGCCCGGGUCUGUCGCUGCCUCUACCGACACCACCACCGGCACCGACGCCACGGAGGCCAACGACAACGCCGACAGCGAGAAGCCAGAGGAUGGCACCAAGGAGUCAGAGGACGACACCAAGGAGCAGGAGGAUGACCUUCCUCCCAUCAAACCCCUCACCGAGCAGGAACGUCUGCUUCUUCCUGGCAUCCGCAUCAACGACCCAGUGCCCGACCCCACCUGGCUCUUUGAGACCAUGACCCCCGAGGAGGCAGAGCUCUGGCGCGAGUUGGCGCCUCAGGCGGGUGAUCGUAUGUUGACUGUCGACGAGGUUGACAAGCUUUGCGAUGAGUUUUACAAAGAGUCGCGAGAGUAA